AUAUGGGUGCAUGCUCAUCUCAAUAAAGAAGACCUGCUUAGGUUCAAAAGCCAGGAUAAAAUUCUGGACCUUAAGCUGUAGCUGAGGAGUUUAAAGUAGGGCCAGACAUUUUUGUUACUCUUAAAUAGGGUUCUAUUAGCAAUUUUUAUAAAAUAGAUAAAGUUUUGGGAAGUGGUAUCAGAAAAUAUAAUAUAUUUAAGGUGCAUAUGGAGAAGUUCGAUUAGUUAUUCACAAGAGUACAGGAUGUAAAAGGGCAAUGAAAUAAAUAAGAAAGGAUAAAAUAAUUAAAGAUGAUGAGAACAACAUGUUCUCAGAAGUCAAUACACUUAAAGAAUUGGAUCAUCCUAACAUAGUUAAACUGUAUGAACUAUUUUAGGAUGCAAAAAAUUAUUAUCUAAUAACUGAGUAUGAGUAAUAAUCAUAAUUAGAUUUUUAGAAGGAGGAGAGUUAUUUCAAAAGAUUACAGACAUGAAACAUUUUACUGAGAAGAUGGCUGCAGAUAUCAUGAAGCAAAUAUUAGGUGGUGUAGUACAUUGCCAUGAGAAAAAAAUUGUUCAUAGAGAUUUAAAACCUGAAAACAUCCUUUUUGAGAAUAAGAAACCCAAUUCAAAUUUGAAGAUCAUUGAUUUUGGAACAUCAAAAAAAGUUGAAAGGAAUCAAAAUUUAACUAAUCGAUUAGGAACUGUAUUAUUAAAUUACAUCUAUUUUAUUAGCCCUACUAUAUUGCCCCUGAGGUAUUGAAAAGAAAUUAUAAUGAAAAAUGUGAUGUUUGGAGUUGUGGAAUUAUACUGUACAUAAUGUUAUGUGGUUAUCCACCAUUUGCUGGUGUAGAUUAAGAGAUUUUAUAAAAUAUUGAAAUAGGGAAAUAUGAAUUUGAUCGUAUUUAUUAUCAAUUAAUCUUUUUAGCUGAGGAUUGGGCCAAAAUAUCAGAUGAUGCAAAAAAUUUAAUCAAAAAGUUGCUUACUAAAGAUUAUAAUUAAAGAAUUUCAGCUUAAGAAGCUUUCAAUGAUCCAUGGAUUUAAAAGAAUGCACCAAAUGCUCCUAUUGAUUUCAAAGCUAUUAAAAAUUUGUCUUCUUUUUUUGUAUACUUUCCAAAAUAUUUUUAGGGCAAAAAUAAGGUGAGAGCUGCAUUAAUGCAAUUCAUUUCAACUAAUCUCAUGACGAAUGCUGAGAAAGAAGGGCUACUUGCUGAAUUUAAGAAAAUAGACAAGGAUGGUAACGGUUAAAUUAGUAAGGAUGAAUUAGUUUAAGGUAUAAUCAUAAGAUAAUGAAAGUUUAUCUUAAAUAAUAUGAUGAAAUCAAAGCAAAACAAAUGGUUGAUGAUAUAUUUGAUAAAGUAGAUACUAAUAAUUCAGGUUAUGUGGAUUUUACAGAGUUUAUAACAUCCGCUGCAAAUGAAGAGAAGCUACUUAAUAAAUAAAGACUAUAAUAAGCAUUUAAUAUGUUUGACACAGUAAAUUAUAGUAUAAAUUUAGAAUGGUGAUGGUUAGAUAAGUAGAGAUGAACUCUAAGAAAUUAUGGGAGGAAUUGAUGACAAUCUUUGGAAGGAAAUUUUGACUAUGUGUGAUUCAAAUGGUGACGGGUAAAUUUCUUAAUAAGAAUUUAUUGAAUUUUUAGUUAAGAAGUAUGAAUGAAUAUGUAUUUUAUAAUCCAAC